GGCUGCAUGCAACACAACAACGGCCCUCGAUUGCGUCUGACGGGCGCGCGACCUCCUGAGUGGGCACGAUCCCCCGCCACCGCCAACAUGGCCCCUCGAGAGUGAGACUGAGAGUGGUAGAACAUCGACAUCCACGCCAGCCAUGGACCCGCAGGCGACGAUUCGGUCGUCGCGCUCGUCGCGGCGCACCAGCCUCGACGCUGCACAGCGAAAGACGCCGUCGCAGCCAGGCUCGACGCGGGUCAAGACGGUCUUUGACGACGACGACGAUGUGCCGUACGGGCGAAUGAGGAGGCCAUCGCAGCAGCAGCAGUCGGGUGCGCUCGUCGAAUACAUCGACGACUGGCGCGGCAACCGGGACCCGUCGCCGUCGUCGUCGAGUGCCUCCUUUUCCUCGUCUUCGCCUGCCAACUCGCCCCGGAUGAGCGGCACGCGCGGCGCCAUGGGCCACCGGAGGUCGCGGCCGAGGCUCGCCGACGUGGCUCAGCUUCGGCCGUCGCUUGCUCCCCCGUCGAAGGCGCCGCCAUCACAGCAUUUAUUGCUGCAGCAACAGCAGCAACAACAACAACAACAACAGCAACAGCAGCAAAACCAACAACAGAGAUGGUCCGUCUGGACGGCCGACACGACGGCGCACUCGUCCGACUGCUCCUUCAACGACGACGACGGACUCAAGGCGAUGCCGCCGCCGUACCACCAGCACCACCGGCUGAGUCAUGGUCACGGUGAUGGUCACAGUCACGGUGAUCAUCACGGUCUCGGCCAUGGUGACGAGGACGAGGAAGAGGAAGAGGAAGAAGAGGACCGGCCGCCGUCGCCGGGGACCGAGGCGGCGCUGGAUGCGGCGCUGUCGACGACGAUGCUCGCCCUCACGACGGCCAACUCGCUGCUGCUGUCGACGAUGGCCUCGCGCGCCGACCUGGCGCGGCUGCGCGCGGCCCAGUCGAGCCUCGAGGUGCAGCUCCAGGCCCGCGAGGCCGAGCUCCACCGCGACGUCGAGCUGCACCAGACGAAGCUGCGGUGGAUCGAGGCGGCCAACAAGCGCCUCGAGGCGGUGCUGCAGCAGUCGUCGUCGUCGCCUCCAUUCCAGCGGCCAUCUCUGCUGCAUACACAGUCCGCGCAGCAGCAGCAGCACUGGCGCCGGCCGUCGCUGGGGCUUGGGCAGGGGCUUGGGCAGGGGCAGACAAGCACGCAGACGCAGGCACAGACGCUGCCCACGGCUGCGCUCUCGAGCGACGCAUCGACGCGGGGCAUCGUCGAGGCAAAGGACGACAAUGCGACGAUUGGCAAGAGCGCAGCCAAGCGCCUCGAGCGCAUGCUCCGCCAGUCAUCGUCGCAGGCCCACGCGCCCGUGCACAGCCGCGACGCCAGUGCGGCGAGUGCCGUCAUCCACGAGGAGGCCGAGGGCGAGGGCGAUGCAGAAGAGGAGCAGCCGCUGCCGUCGCGGCCGCCGGCGAAGCGGCCGCAGCUGGCCAGCCCAGCCGUCUCGCUCGCCGUCACGGCCCCGACGACGGCGAUGAGCAGCAGCAGCGGCAUCAGCGGCGGCAUCAGCAGCGACGACGGGAGCAGCAACGUGAACAGCAACUUGAACAGCAACAGCAGCAGCGCAGUGCCCUCGCGGCCGCCCUCGACCGGCGCUGAGCUGGGCAGCGCCAGCCGGGCCUCGGGCGCCCUGUCUGCGCUUCUCGGUGGCCACAGUGGCACGACGACAGGCACAGCAGCGACGGCGACGGCGACGACAGCCUCGAUCGUCACGACACCCCCCACGCCGGCCAAGAGCCUUGCCAGUGAAGACGCCGCCGCCGCGCUGGAGCAGCAGCAGCACCGCCCCGCGUCGGCCCUGCGUCAGCGCUGGAGCCAGUCGUCAUUUGCCAGCACGGGCGCCAACAGCAGCAGCAGUGCCGCUGAGCGCGACCACCCCUCGCCCGGGCUCGCCUACUGCCACCGUCGACCGCGCGGCGCCAGCGGCAGCUACCUCGCCUCCGACGCCGCCGCCCUCGGCCUCUUUACGUCGCACGACGACGACGACGACGACGAUGAGACCACUGCUCGGCGGCGACGCGACGAAGCAGGCACCCACGUGGACGCCAGCACGGGCGAGCGACGGCGAGGCGCCCUCGGUGCACUCAAGCGCCUCAACGAGCAGGACCGCCAGGACAAGCUCGACGCCGCCGCGCCCGCGUCGUUCCUCCAGUCGCCCCUCAGCAAGCUCAAUGCCGCCCUGCUGUCGUCGGCGUCGGCCACCGCGGCACCGUCGCCUGCAGCGCCGUCGAUGGCAGCAGCAGUAAAUGCGCCAUCGACGGCGGCGGCGGCGGCGGCGACAAUCACCACUGGACCGACAUCACCGCCGAUGCCUGCGACCGAGAGCCAGAACCCGGGCCAGAACCCGGGCAACGGCGACGGCAGCCGUGGGUGGGGCGGCACCCUCGCCAGCUGGGUCCGCCUCUCGUCCAACUCCAACGCGCCCCUCGAGGGCCUGCCCGCGCAGUCGUGAUUUGACAUACCCCCCAUACCCCACUCUAUAACACACUCGCUAAUCUCCUGUGAAGAACGCAACGGGCAAUGGACAUCUGUAUCAUG